UGAGUGGAAUGUUUCCUGUUCGUUUCUUAGAGUUUAGGAGUUGUUUAAAAAUCAGACAGAGGGAAGAGCAGCUGAGAUGGCGGAGAGUAAAGCCUGCACUCUUCAGAGGAGGAGAGAAAGUAUGGACAAACCUUUAGACUUCAGACUGGUCCUUGUUGGGAAAACUGGAGUAGGGAAGAGCUCCAGUGGAAACACCAUACUGGGGCGAGAUGCCUUCCCUGCAGCUGUCAGUCAGUCCUCAGUGAGCAGACAGUGCUGUAAACACACUGGUCAGCUGUUCAGCAGAGAGCUGACCGUGGUCGACACCCCCGGCCUCUUCGACACCUCGUUACCUGAGCACAUGGUGAAGAGAGAGAUCUCUAAGUGUAUCAACAUGUCGGCCCCGGGGCCCCACGCCAUCCUACUGGUCAUCAAGGUGGGGCCAUUCACCGACGAAGACAGAGAUGCGGUCACGCAGGUGGAGGAGAUCUUCGGGGAGCAAGCCUGGAAGUACACCAUCAUGCUCUUUACCCAGGACGAAGGGGACAUAGGGGACGUGGAGCGACAGCUGGAAGGGGCGGGGCCUGAGCUGCUGGAGGUCCUGAAGAAGGCGGGAAACAGAUACCACGUCUUCAACAACCACAGGGCUAACGAUCGUGGACAGGUCCUUGAUCUGCUGGAGAAGGUGGAGAAGAUGGUGUGUGUCAACGGAGGGAAGUGUUACUCCAACCCCACCUACCUGGAGGUGAUGGAGCUGCUGAAUAAGAAGGAGGCGGAGCUUAGAGAGUUCUACAGGGAUAAGCUGGAGAAGGAGAUCAAAGCUAUAAAGGUAAAGUAUGAGGAGAAGCUGAGAGAGGCCCAGGAGGAGCACCCAGCCACAAAGAGACGAUGGCAGGAGGAAGUGAAGGAAAUCAAACGAUAUUACGACUCUCUGAACGCCUCAACACGUCAUGUUGUGGAGCAAACUGUGGCUUCUGACACCUUAGAGGACAUAAGUCAGUUUCACAGGAAACUGAAAGUCAUCUCCUGAUUGGUUCAACAUCCUCAGAUGUGUUUUUUUAAAGCUCUUCCAACCUCAUCAGUGGAAACUUUUCAUGACUCUGACGCCUGAUAGCCUCGAGCUGCUGUAAACAGACAUCCUGAGUCACACUGAGCUCAUCCAGCUGGAGCCAAUCACAGCUGUCAUUGGGUGAGAGGCGGGGUUACACCUGUACAGGUGACCUGUCAAUCACAGAGUGUAACAGAGUUUAAAGGCUCCCCAGGAACAUACAACAGCAACAUGAAGACAGCAAACAUCAUAUUUGGACAUUGUUUGUGUCCAAUAACCAAAUUUUAAUGUUUGAUAUCAUCGUCAUCGCCUUAAAUUAGAAACCUUAUAAUGUCAAUAAUCAAUGUACUGUUUGAGGUUUUUAGACGUAAUGUUUUUGUAAUGUGAGAAGAAUAAAGAAGAUACAGAUGUCCAUCUGUGUUUGUAUACAGUCUUUAAAAAGGAUGAAGACAGGAACACACAGGUCAGGAUGUGACAAUCUGAGCCUCCGACAGGAUGAAAACUGAUUGAAACAUUGUUAUGUGUUUAAGGUUUGAGGACAGGCUGAAUAAAUUCUAAUAUUUCAAAUAAGUCUCAUCAGUUAAAUCACAUUUAGGAUUCAUCUUCAGAAACAGUGUUUGUCCUUUUCAGAAUUGCAUGAGAUCAAACCAUCCAACAACUUUAAAUAGAAUCAUUUUGUUUUAAUCAAUGCUUUGUGAAAGAGGGGCAGAUAUUAUAAGAUUAGUCUUCUUUCUGCUCCUUUGCAUUCAAAAUGAGAUUUUAUGUUUGUUUGUUUUUCUUAACUUUAUUUGUUUGAAUGAAAUAAAAUAAAAUUGUAGGGGGGGGGGGGGGGGUUAACAGGAGAAUGCGUUAUUUUAGUCGACUCAUUAAAGGCCAUCACAGCCCGAUGUCUGCAUUUUAAGAAUAUUUGAAAUGAAAGUGUUUGUGUUUAAAAUUUGUCUCUUCUGAAGAAUAAAGAAACAGACUGACGUCCAUCUGCAGACCUCUGAUCUGUCAUCACAGAGUUCA